CCGCAAAGAGCUCUUUGAUCCGGACUGCCUGAUACAGCAUCUGACCAGAUCUGUGUUGGGCGGUAAUACGACGAAGCAAUAUCUUGCAUCUUGAGAGCAGCCUCGCGCGUCACUGUGCAGACCCUGCCUCUGUUUCUAUUCUGCUUCAAACUUCCCUUCAUAGCCACACCUUGUCCUCCGCUGUAGAAAAGAAUCUGAACAAAUGGACACCACGUUAUGACCUGAGCAAAGUGCUUCCAAUCAGUGCUGAAACACAAACCCCUCGAUCAAGCACGUGCACGAAAUAUCUCGCGAGCAGGGCCUGGCCUGAACGCGCAAGAGUGAGACGUGGCAGUUUCCAUGAUCUGUCUGUCGUCUUGCACAGAACAAAGCAAUUCUAUCACUCAAAGUGGAAGACGGCGAUAUUUGCAUAUGUUAACCUGAGCGAAUCUGCCUUCUGGAACCACAAUUGUGCUCGCUUGACCGAGAUACAAUGUCGAACGCCAUCCCAGCUGCUGCAAAGGAUCAGCCUGACGCGUCGUCGUCGUCGGGGUCGAAAUCGGCAGUCGAUCUACCAGCGGGCACAAUCACCGUCAAGUCCACUUUUGUCUCGCGGCUGGUUUCGCUCUUGGCGAUUGGACUGGCGCUAUCACUUAUUUUCAAUUCGCAAGAGGAUGCGUCGCUGUAUGAUCCUUUGAAAGCAUGUGUCGGGUUCUCAAUCCUUGCAUAUCUUAUUACUGUCAAUCUGAUUCCUAUUUUGGCGCCGGAGUUUGUUCGAGUUGGGUUUUUUGGUAAGGAUUUGGGAAAGAAAGAUCGGCCAGUUAUUGCCGAAACAAUGGGGGCGGUGUGCGCGGUUGUCUACCUCGUUUCUAUGUUUUUCUUUAUCCCGUUUCUCUUUUACAAAUACUACGUCACCAGCACUUCAGGCGGUGGAAACCGCGAGCAAGGCUAUGACGCAGCCGUCGAGCUUCUCCACAAAGGUCGCGCACUACGCAUGUUCCCACACUCAAAGCUGGCAGAGUACCUCGCCGCUCUGCUUUCCUUAUUUAGCAUGCUGGUCCUCGGUGUAGCCGACGAUCUGUUUGACAUUCGGUGGCGGAAUAAGCUGUUCAUGCCUGCGAUUGCUGCAUUGCCAAUGAUGUUUGUGUAUUAUGUCGAUUUUGGAGUGACGCGGGUCGUCGUGCCUGAGUUUGCGUACAAGGUGUUUUUCCCAGAAUCGCUGGCGUACCCGACCACGAUCGAUCUCGGAGCGCUAUACUACGUCUACAUGCUUUCUUUGGCAAUUUUCCUGCCGAAUUCAAUCAACAUUCUCGCUGGGGUGAACGGCUUAGAAGCAGGCCAGGCGUUCGUCAUCGCCAUAUUCCUUCUCCUCAACGACGCACUCUAUAUCCUCCCAAGCCGCUUGUUUGGUCUUCCCGAGCACCCAGGCACGGAAGCGCAUCUCUUUUCGACAUACUUCACCUUACCGCUCGUGGCCGUCACGCUCGCCCUCCUUCGCUUCAACUGGUUCCCAGCGCGCGUAUUCGUGGGCGACACGUACUGCUACUUUGCGGGAAUGGUGCUUGCGCAGGUCGGUAUCGUUGGCCAUUUCGCAAAGACGCUGAUGCUUUUUUUGGUGCCGCAGGUGUUCAAUUUCUUGUACUCUGCUCCUCAACUGUUUCAUCUCGUCGAUUGCCCGCGCCAUCGGCUGCCGAAGCUGAAUACCGAGACAGGUCUUCUCGAGCCGUCGCGAGUAUAUUUCCCGACCAAGCCGCGCAAACUACAGACGUUAUUGCUUCGCACUAUGAGUAUAUUCAAACUCAUUCACCUAGAGUACGAUUCCAAGACCGGUGCAAUUGCUUCGGCCUCAAACAUGACGCUCAUCAACCUGAUCCUGACGUGGACAGGACCUCUGCGCGAAGAUAGACUGGCGCUGGUUUUGUUGUUGAUCCAGGGGUUCACUUGUAUGGUUGGUUUGACUGCUCGACACACGAUUGCGCCUAUAAUAUUUGGGCGUGAUAAUAUCUGAUUCUUGGAUCAGAAUUGAUAAAAGUAUUUGUUGAGGGACUUGCAGUGCUGAUACAGAAAGUACUCAUCCCAGUUUAUGGCUGCCUCUCCUACUAUGAUGGUGGUUUUUAGAUCUCAAGUGUAAUAUUAACAUGAAGCAAGUCAUUAGAUGUAUAGUGUAAAUUAGAUAAUUAGCAUGGGUGUCUAUUUAGAAAAAUGCGACAAAGAAAGAACAAAAGCUCCUAUAGACGAUCCAAAAAUCGACCAUGGCCAGAUAAAACGACAAAACGCAAUCACAGACCCACG